CUCCAUCCCAGUCAGUACCUCUCCCAGAUAAGAAUGGCGUGGGAGCAGCAAGACGAGCCGGACGAGGAUAGAAAGAACGAACACCCAAAAAGAAUAUCCGGACGUCAGAACCUCCCUCUUGUAUCAACUUCCUCCUUACAAAACAAAGCUUCAACAGUCCGGUUGGUUACGCGAAGUGGAGCCUGACCGACACCUGCAUCUACGAAGGAUCCUGCGGUCAUCGGUACGAAAGACUCCCUCGCGCCCUUUGGUUUUUCCUGGUGCCCAGAAAAGGCGACUUAGCACACCGUGAGUCUCUCUCGCCGCCCGUACUCGCCAACUUGACAUCUUCACCCGUCUCCGUGUCCGAUCGUUCCACAUAAAACACCCCAGCCUGGAUAAACAUCUCUUCAUGUCAAGGCGGUUCUCUGUUUCUCAACGCGACUGCAAAGGAUUCAGGGACGAAAGAAGUCCCGUAAGGAGAGGCUCGCGGGGACACUUUGGCAGAAACCUGCCAGUCACGCUUCGACCGAUUCUAGCGCAGGAGUGUUGAGAUAGCCACUCAAGUCACAGAGUUUGAUCGUAGCCCAUCCUUUGCGAAGCAGAAUUUCAACGAGUAUUACUGUCCAACCUUUCAGCACCGGGCCGUGUCAAUUUGAACCUUCUUCCCUCAGACACUCUCUUGUGAGAGCAGACCAGUGAAUUUGCUCCCGGCUUCACUCAGGUUUGCGACAAUAUUCCGGAGAUCCUUUGCCCGCUUGCCACCAUCUUUGCAGUCCUUGACCCGGACGGAAUAGCAAGAUUAUUAGCUUCCACGGCGCCUUAGAAUCUGACACUACCUCUUGUAUGACCGGAAAGACGGAGACCGGUCCUGCAAUCCCGGAGACUGCUACAUCUGCGCUUCACGAGACAAUUCUUGGAUAACGUUCUCGCGCUGGCUAUCCAAUCUUUUUCUUGGUGUCCCACCAGCCCCCUUCUAGGCCGCCUUGACAGAGACGGCCAGAGGCGUCCUGCUGAGCCGCACCGACAAUCCCUAGUUGACAGAGCAAAAAGACCCAGCAGCUGGGCUCAAUCGACUGGAAUCGGCCUCGGGCCGGAAACUUCUUCUUCGUAUGAGGGCGGUCGCGGUGAUCAAUGUCCGGAACCACAAUAUCCUCAACGCGAGGGCGAACAGGUCUCGAUGUCGCAGAGAGGCGCUGCCUCUCGCCCUCCUUCUCGACGUCGCUCCCAGUCUCUUUCGACCGGUGCGAACACCUCGCCUUCAUCCCUGCAACCGGUACACAUAUACGGCAAUGACGGUGGGGUGGAUCCAACUCGAGAUCCUAGCAGGGUGUUAGUCGCUCCGGACGACUUGCCUCCACGGCAGACCACUCCGCGAACCUUGGGAGUACACAACAUCCUCAACCCAUCCGAACCGAGGGACACGCAGAGCCGAACGUCUCCGUCUCUUCAACGUGCAGGUGUUGGCGGCGACAGCUCUCCUUCAAGUGCUGGGGCGAGGCAGUACGGUGUGUCUGGCUCGCCGUAUCAGCCAUAUGGGGCGGCGGCGCCAGCCUACGGUGCACCGCCAGGGCCUACAGCUCCCCUUGGCCUGUUGACCUCGAUCCAACCUCCUGGCCAACGAGAAUCUCCGAGUCAAGCUCGACCAUUUCCUCCUGCCUUGGGGGCAGCAAGAAGGAUUCUGACGCCGAGGUCGCCUCGAUCACUCAGCUUGGGUCGCGUGACAACGCCAGCAGCUUCAGGUGAUAAUCAGCCACCCUUUGAUUUCUCGACGCCGCCGGUUGGCCGAUUCGGCGCGCAGCAGGAAAUGGCACCAUUUUCCGGACCUCAUGGGCCGACCUCGAGUAUGCCUAGCCAGUCUCCCAGAGCGAUUCCGCCUACUCCCGCUGCUUCGACGGCUACUAUGGACCCUCGUGCCUUCGCUCAGGCGCCAUUCGCCAAUCCACCUAGCCAUCAUUUCUCACAGGGUCCUAUACAACAUGGAACUGCGGGAAGUCCACAGAGAAUGGCACCGGUGUACAUGCAAGGGCAAUUUGAAUCAAUGCAGGGGAGCGGCAGGGGCUAUGCGCACCAAGGCAGCCCCCCAGCGGAGGCAAACCUGUCGUCAGCGAUCAUGAAUGCUUUGCAAAUUGGUGGCGGCGGAGGAACGAGAGGCCCCGAUUCGCAGCCUCACCUUACCUUGCAAACCAACACGGGGGAGCACAUCACCGUUCCGUUGGAUGUUCACCAAGGCUCGCGUCAGGCUGAUGAAAAGCGACAUCGCAACGCAGGAGCUUCUGCGCGGUUUCGUGCCCGGAAGAAGGAGAGGGACAAGGAUUUGCGGGAGAACAUGCAGCGGCUGGAGAACGAGAACCGAGAUCUUGGCAGACAGAUCCACGAGUUGCAAGCCGAGCGCGACUUUUAUCGCAGUGAACGAAAUCGGCUACGCGACGUGGUCCUGCGAACCCCGAGCAUCAGAGAGCACGCUGAGCAGGGCCCUCCCAGCCCCCAACCAUCGCGCGCGGCCGCCUCCGGUGGAGCCACGGAAGACUCCUUUACAGGUUCUUACGCGGCAGGUGGCAGCUCCUCUACAACAUCUCCAUCGUUGGCUCAUCAGCAACGUUCGCCCCCGUACGCAGAAGAGCAACUCGAGAGGCCGAGCAGGCGGCGCCGAACAGACCCAACUGCCGCCGACUUCUCGGCCGCACCCUACGCGAUGCGCCCAGCCCAACCUCCCGGCUCCUUGCCCCCUAUCGUUACUCAGGGGUAUACCGGGCCGAUCUCUUCGGCUCCCCCAAGCGCAAGACUCCCUCCUCUGCGCUUCGACCAGCCAGCCUCCUCCCCGACGACGACUGCGCAUCCGACAGGGUUCGAAUCACAAACUCCGCCACUCCCCCAUCAGACACAGUACUACGGGAGGCCGCCGCCUCACGAGAUGGGAUGGGCAACCAGAGAACCUCAAGAUCCCUCCCGAAGGUGAUAUCCCUGAAAGCCCUGACAGUCCUGCCGGGUGAAUGAAUGCGUCGAAUCACACCAUUCGAGCCUAUUUCGCACACCAGCUGCCGCGCUCCGACCACGCGUACCACGCUUGUUCUACCAAAUCAUCACAUACAAAUCCAAAUAGACCCCAGGACCGACUCUCGAGAUACCCUCUUCGCAACUUGGACAUACACCACCCCCUUUCCAUCAUGGGGGUGACUUUUCCUUAUUGCUUUUUCUUUCUCUUGACUACACUUAGAAGACGCGUUUCAGUUCGGGCAACCGAAAAAAAAAGGGAUCCUUUAUAAAAAGCCACGGCGUUUGUUUCUCCUGUUGGGGCUGGGCUUUCAAGGCUGGAUGUUUUUUUCCCAUCGAUUCCGUCGGACUUUUGUUUUCCGACAACGGCAGGUCUCUCUCUGCCAGCGAUUCUGAUUCGGGAAAUCUCUCCAUGUCCGCCGGGCUGCACGUUGAACAUUUUAACAACUACCCGCCACCGGAUUAUUAGAUCCUUCGCGCGCGACAAAUUGGAGACGGAAAGGGGGCGAGGGAGAAGGGGAGGAAAGGCUGACCUGCGAGCUACUCACUAGUAAGGCGAGGCGUCUUAAAACUUUUCGGGGCGUUCUGGAACUUGGAGAUGCCGGUUGGGAAGGGAGGGUUUUUAGAAAGCGCAUCACUCACACACACAACAACAUCAUCAUCAUCAUCGAUCUCGUCACAUCACAAGCAUUUUCAUCUGUAUACUUUGCUUUUAAUCCUUUUUUCUACCAGGCACUGCAUCGUUUCGCGGGGAUACCCCUCAGUUCGCCAGGGAAAAACAAAUAUACCAGGAGCGGGAAGAAGGGAACAACGGGGGAGAAUGGUCCGGGGACAAAAGAUCCGG